AAAAGUUGCAGCCCCGGAUGAGUUGCUAUCACCACCACUAGAACACAUCCCGGGCUGCAAUCCACACUGCGCGCGGUCGGUUAUCAAGAUGCAAGAACGUUUGACUUUACCAUAUGGUAUAGUACCUGGUGUUGUGCCGUACAGUACAUGCGUGGUAUUUGACACAUGUGGUUGUAAUGAGGUAAAAUAUUGUCUUUUACAGUAUGCGUAUUGAUGAGGAAUACGUUGUUGUUGCUGACCAAGAACAGACAACUUGCCAUACAAUUAGUGAGAUUCUGAAUGAGAAAAUAGAGACAGGAAAUGGAGCAAGUAAUCAAGACCAACUUCACGAGGAAUGUAGUGCAGCAACCAAUGAGUUGUUGAAUGAGAAAGGAGAAACAAAAGAUGAGAUGGAGAAAAAACGACUUCAGCAGCAAGCAGAAAAUCUAGCUCGUGAGCUAGGCCGUGAACAGGAAAGGCAUAGACAAUGUCUAAUUGAAAACGAAGAGCUAAGGAGACAGCUAUCUGCAGAAGCAAAGCACUUAGAUGUUGCAGGUGGAUACUGUCGUCUUAUCCAGCUGAACAAGAAUGUGAAAACAGCAGAGCAAAGGCGACUGAUUUUGGAAAACCGAGAAGCACGGUACUUGAGCAGCAUUUCAAGCCUCGAGAAUCUCAAUAUUGGAAAAUGCAUUGGUAAGUCUGUAACAAAGCCAAUGGGACAAUAUGGAUGCAACUCCAUUGUUUACGAAGUGAAAGGCAAAGAGGCGUCUCAAGAGAGGUUGCGCUGUGUACUGAAAGCCGUGUUCAACCCUUAUGCAACAGAUGAUGAUGUCCCCAUGUCAGAGGAAGAUAUCGACAGGCGCUUCAGGCUUGAAUAUGACAUUCCUUGCAUCCCUCAUCGCAACAUUAUCCGAGUGUUGCAUCAUUUUUGUUCAGAAAUUGAAGGAGAAUUGCCAGAAUGGCCUCCAGAAGGUGGCCACAGAUCAUUGUUUCUGCUUAUGGAACAACAUGAGUGCAAUUUGCAGACCCAUUGCAGGUUACUUCGCAAGAACGGCUUGAUGACUCCUCGUACACUCCUUUUGUUUCUCGUGCAAUUGCUGGCAGGCAUAGAGCAUUUAGGAAAACACAAUAUCGUGCAUCGAGAUCUUAAACUCGACAACGUGCUAGUUUCACGUGAAGGACCUGGAGACAAUGUCAGGUUGGUAAUAUGCGACUUCGGCUGCAGUUACCAUGCACCUAAUUGUCUGGAAAAAGUUAGUGCUAGAAAUCUUCGUGACACUGGAGGAGGCAAUACUGUUCACCUCGCUCGUGAACUGUCAUAUCUACCAGAAGAUCCUGAAGUAACACGUGAUGUAAGUAAAGCUGACCUGUGGGCAAUUGGUAUGAUGGCACAUGAGAUUGCAACUGGCACAGACCCAACAAAUGUUGUAACUCAUGAGGAGAAGCGAAGAAAAAGUCACGGUAUUCCCACUCUUCCCUCAUUACCACCUGAAUACUCUAUUCAUUGCCGUAAACUGCUAGAAAGUCUUCUCCACUUUGAUGUCGACAAGAGACCAAAUGCGUCAGAAGCAGGUCUGCUGUGUUGCAUUCUACUCUAUGGUCCACCUAUUCCAGAAGGUGAUACAAUGGACACAGAUGAAGUUAAGCAUUGGCAUCUCGAGCAGGUGAUGACUUUGAAAGACAGAAGUGAUGAGGAUCUUCUUUGUGAUCCCAUUUUCCUCAACUAUUUGCAUCUCUUUUCUCCUGCUCAAGUUGCAAGUCUUAUGAACCAGUAUUUACUACAUUAGAUGUAGUCGAACUCUAACUACAAAAAUCCAGAACAAGGUAUCAUAUCCCAGUAAAACUGGAUGAGUAGAGUGACCUUUGAUUACUGUCAAGUUUACAAAAUACAGAAAAGUACAUCAAAGUACAU